AUGCUUAUUCCACCCGAACAAUUUGGAAUUGUCGAGAAGGGUCUUUACCGUUCAGACAUGUUGCACGCCUCACAUUUUCCGUUCAUAAAAUCUCUCAACUUAAAGACAAUACUUAUUCUGUCUCCGGAAGUUCCAACUCGCGCCGUAACUAAUUUUUUGGAGGAAAAUAACAUCAAAUUGAUUCACUUGGGUCUCAGAGUUUGGAAGCCUAACCUUGGAUGGAGACCUGUCAGCGAAGAGUUGGUCAAGGAUGGUUUAGAAAUGGUUUUGGAUAUUUCAAAUUAUCCGAUCCUAGUAAUAUGCACCUCCGGGAUUCACGAGACCGGUACUUUUAUCGGUUGCCUGAGAAAACUACAAAAUUGGAAUUUCAGUUCGAUCAUCAUCGAGUAUCGAUGUUAUGCCGGAAAUAAGGCUAGAUAUGUGAGUGAGCAAUUUAUCGAGUUAUUUGACAUGGAUUUAAUCACAUUACCUCACAACUUGGCACCCUGGUUUAUUGAACAAAGAAAAUUUUGGCAACAAGAAGAGGAGCAGGAAGAUCUGACAAUAAAUAAUCAAGCGGAAGAAAAAAAGAAUUGA